CAAAAAGCUCGAGGCUUUGUCUUCGAUGGCUAAUUCCAAUGCCUCUGUCACUGUGGCCGACACGAUUCCUGUCAACUACAAUGACGGCUUUCUCAAGUAAUGAAGCUGACCUUAUUCAGUUUUUAUAGCGAUAUAUCCCAUAAGUGAUUGUAUUUAGCAUGGCACAUAAUAUUAGUUCCUAUGUGUUCCAGUUUUGCAAAGUUCACCACCUAGUUUAAGAAGGGCUUGGUCCUGCAAGUUUUGAAACCGGUCUCUGCAUAUUGGAGGGUUAUCUUUGCAAGUACACGCAUGAUAAGUUGUUGCCUUUUACAUCAUUUUUAUCUGGGCUGUGUUCAUUGAUGAAAACAAAGGGCCAUGGAUCCACCGAGCUUAAUGGCGAAGUUGUAGCUAUGGUAUGUGGAGUAGUUGAGCGAGUCAACAAGCUGGUCUAUGUUUGCACUCUGCGAGCCAUAUACAAGCCAGAGGUUGGAGACAUCAUUGUUGGACGCGUUAUUGAGGUAGCUCCAAAGCGUUGGCGACUACUGGAUACAAAUUACAGUCAAGAUGCUGUGUUAAUGCUUUCUUCAAUUAAUUUGCCAGAUGGAAUUCAGGAUCUUUUUUCUCUAUUAGUAGUUAUCACACAGAUUGAGAAUGGCUGGAUAUGUAAAAAAAUGGAAGAUGAGAGGUGCUAGUUCUGCAGUCUUUGUUCCGAUCAAUAAAUCUGAGAAUGCAUGGAAAAUCCUUGAAACAGUAAAGUCAACAUACCAGGGAAAAAGGUACUCUGUAGAGAAUGUUCCAUACAUGUUGGCGACUCUACCAUAACCUUAAAAUGCGCAUAUGCUAUAGCAUAGUUUUCAAGAUUCGUUUUCGGAGAGUACAUGAUUAUGCGCUAUGCCACACCAGAUAAAAGGAUUUAUCUCUUCUUAGUACUUGGAGAGUGAUGUCUUCUAAUCAGUCCUGGGGCUCAUUGAUUGUCUGAUUGGCAGAUACAACUGGACUGAUGUGAGGCUUAUGUAAUUCUAGGGGACAUCAUAAUUCUAAUGCUUUGCAUAAUAGUGAUUUUAGCACGUGAAAAAUUUGGCUCGGAAGGAUCUUCUUUCGAUUUCCUACUUGCAAAUAUGUCAAUACUUAUCGGUCGUAUCGCAUUAUUGCGCGGCUACCAGAUUUUAUGCUCCUUUAUGAUCAUGCUGCAUACAUAUAUAUUUCUUGUAAUAAUGAAGUAGAUGAGCAAGCUCAGAUGUUUCAUACAGAUAAACUUUUAAAGCUCAUGGUUCAACUUUCUCUCUUUUUUUUUCCCUGCUUUGAUUACCAGAGGCGACGAACUGCAGAGGAUGAGCUUAACAUGCGCAGCAUCUUUGAAGAGAACGAUGUCAUAUGUGCAAGUCAAAUUUCCUAUCAUUAUGGCUCUUACAAUGGUGAACUAGUUCUAUGAAUUGACCAACAGGUCUUCAGCUUUAUGUCUUGAUCUUUUCUUUCCCCUUCAGGCUGAAGUUCGCGGGUUUCAGCAUGAUGGUCUGCAAAGAGAAAGAAGUGAAGAUCGAACGUGGAAGGAUCUCGUCCACAUACGUGUUUAAUUAAUUAAUUGAAGUGAGAACAAAUUUCCACAAAAUGAACAAGUAUUUAUUAAUUAAUUAAUUUUAAGCUUUUGUCUGCCUUGUUCCGGCCGGUCUACACAUUGGGUGAAGAAAGAAUUUUGAAGCUUUUUACCAAGAAUUAUUCUUGUCGCGACCUCAUUUGACUGCCUAAUUUCA